CGGGAGCAGAUCUGGCUGAUAACCAAUCAGACGGUGAAAUGAGGCGGGGGGGGCGUGGCUUGUCGUUUCCACGGGGAAGUCGGCGCGUUGGGACGCGGCAGUGGCGGUAGUAUGAGCUUGUCCUUGAGGAGUGAGCUUUCAGCAGACAAAACUAAAAAGAAGAAGAGAAGAGAACUGACUGAGGAACAGAAACAAGAAAUUAAAGAUGCCUUCGAGUUGUUUGAUACAGACAAAGAUAGAGCAAUAAAUUACCAUGAGUUGAAGGUGGCAAUGAGAGCCUUGGGUUUUGAUGUGAAAAAAGCUGAUGUACUGAAAAUACUUAAAGAUUACGAUCGAGAAGCAACAGGCAAGAUCACAUUUGAAGACUUUAAUGAAGUUGUGACAGACUGGAUAUUGGACAGAGAUCCACAAGAAGAAAUACUCAAGGCAUUCAAAUUGUUUGAUGAUGACGACUCUGGUAAAAUAAGCCUGAGAAACCUGCGUCGUGUUGCUAGAGAGCUGGGUGAAAAUAUGUCUGAGGAAGAACUGCGGGCUAUGAUUGAAGAAUUUGAUAAGGACGGAGAUGGCGAAAUCAAUCAAGAGGAGUUCAUUGCCAUUAUGACUGGAGAUAUUUAAUACUGGAAGAGAAGAAAUGAAUUUAUCACAAAGGGAAACAUCGUUGGCGUCGACGUAUUCUGUAGUUUGUUUCUGUUGAUGGAGUCAAGUAGAAAAUUAUUUUCCUCAGAGGGCCAAAGUAAACACAGGUGUUGUGUACUGCUGCUUUGGAGCGUUGUGUCAUUAAAUCUUAUCAUUAGAAUAAGUGAUUGUGUUAGUACAAUACUACAUUUCAGAGUAUUUUAGUGCUGAUUUGUAAAAUAGCUUUGUAUGAUAUUUCUAAACUAAAUCCUAAUAUAAGAACCUUUUGAAGUUGGCUUUAUGUUAGCACUAACUGUGGCCUUAGUUUUGAUACAUAAAGUUUGACAAGUUUCCAUUUGAAUAAAAUGUUAUUUACUAUUGCUACUAAAAA